GCUACAUAGGUCGUCACGCUAUGUAAUCGCGGGCACAUCAUUCUACCUUGAAUGCAGCUACUUCCAUUUCUGCAGAAAUAUAUGGAAAAUGGCAAUGCUGUUUGAGGAAGAUCUCUUUGAACAGACAGGACAGUAUGAACCACUCACAACUCGUCUACGUAAUAUACUCCGUGAGUACAAAGACGGCGUCGGUAUUUUUAAAGAAUUGAUUCAAAAUGCAGACGAUGCUGGAGCUACUAAAGUCAAGUUUUUGGUGGACUGGAGAAAAGGAAGAACGAGGAGUCUUUUCUCCCCUGGCAUGGCUGAAUGCCAAGGACCGGCAUUGUGGGCUUACAACGACGCUGUUUUCACUGACGAUGAUUUUGAAAACAUCAACAAGCUUGCAGGAGAAACGAAAGUCGAGGAUAUUUCAAAGAUUGGUAGGUUUGGUCUUGGUUUCAACGCCGUCUAUCACCUCACAGACGUUCCAAGUUUCAUCAGCCGAGAACACUUGGUGGUAUUUGAUCCGAACACUCACCAUUUAGAAGAACGUCACAUUAAGGACAGAUCCCGUCCUGGAAUCCACAUCAAUCUUUCCGAGAAACCAGAGUCCCUAACACGUUACCAGGAUCAGUUUCAGCCAUACAAUGGCGUCUUUGGUUGCAACACAACGGAAACACGUCAUGAAUUCUACUACGACGGAACAUUAUUCCGUUUCCCUUUCCGCACGGCCGCCCAAGCAAGAACCAGUGAUAUCAUCAAAUCCCCAUAUGGUCGAGACAAGAUUCAAGCUAUUGUUCGUAGCAUUUGUGAAUGCGCCUCGAAUCUUUUAAUCUUCUCCCAACAUGUAAAAGAGGUAGAAAUCUUUAAAUUGGAUGGAUUAGACGAACCAGACGAAAUGCGAUUGGUGCUCUCUGUGAAGAAACCAAGUGUUAAGGUUGUCAGUCAGGAAGGCGUGAAAAGCAAAAAACCGUUUAUCAAACAGUGUUCCAAAUGGUGGAAAAAAUACCGUGAAUCUCAAAAGUCCUGUAGUGAAUUCCCAUCAAGUUGUGAACUUGUUAACAUUGUUACUACAAAGGAGCAAUCGGAAUUAAGCCGAUGUGAACGUCGAUACAGAAGUGAUCAAACUUGGCUUGUAGUUUCAACAAGUGGGACUAAGGAUUGCCUCAAAAUUGCUCGCUCACAAGAAGGGAAAGCUCGUGGUUUCUUGCCCUGUGGUGGGGCAGCGUUCGUCGUUUCUUCUAAUCAGAAUUCCAACCCAGAUCUUUCUGGGGAACUGUUCUGUUUUCUUCCAUUGUCUAUUACGACUGGGCUUCCUGUGCAUGUCAACGGCUUUUUUGCCAUCAUGUCUAAUCGCGUUGAAAUUUGGAAACGAUCGACUACAGGAAACCAACCCGUCGAGGUGAAGUGGAACGAAGCACUGAUGGAGGAUGCAUUAGCCAGAGCUUAUAUCAUGCUUCUUGAAAACAUGAAAGAUUGGAUCGGUAAGAUUAAGGAUUACGAAUUUUACAGUCUGUGGCCAAGCAGUGACACCGUUGAUAUGAAAUCUUGGGAGAAGCUAGUUCAGAAAAUCUGCAGUGUAUUGUUGGAUCCAAAAACGAAGUUAUUUUACAGCGAUGGACACUGGAUGAGUAUAAACGACGGUCUCAUAUUGAGCGAUGAUUUUACGGGAAUCUACAAGAAAGCAGUGAAAGUAUUAACAUCACUAGGGAUACAUGUUAUAUACCUACCUCCUAAGAUAUUCAAGACUCUAGCGAAAUUCGACCAAGGUGGCAUCCUACAACGACGUACUUUGUCGUUCACCCAGUUUAUGAAGUCUUACUUUUUUGUAAACAUCAGAACGCUAUCUCGUUCCCGAAGAGAUGCUAUCGUUUGCUUCGGUUUGGAUCGAAUUAUGAAAGAAGAUGAACCACUUUCCAGCCACUGUCUCCACGAAAUUGACCUUUUCAAAGCAAAUACCUGUAUUUCUGUAUCAGAAAAAGAAGAAACCCUAUCGAGGCCUACUCAACUUAUCCACCCGUUCAGUGCUGCGGCGGGGUUGUUUUCCGAGCAAGAUCACCGUUUUCCUGUUGGACAUGGCCUGCGUACUGAAAACAGAUUGUAUGUUUUAGAAACACUUGGUAUGGUGAAGGAUCUUGAUUGGGCCGGAAUCCACGAAAGAGCUCAGUCGGUUGCCAAAACUAGAGAUCUCGAACGGUGUCGAAAGUUAAUAAUCUACAUUAACAAGCGAAUAGAUGAACUACCGUUAAAUCUACAUCGAAGUUUUCUUCAACAUGUGAAGUUUUUGCCAGUGUCGAACAAACCAGUUGAAACAUAUCUUCUACCUUGGAGAGGAUCAAUGACUUUGCCUUCACUACAGCUUUUUUCGUCAAGCGAAAUUUUCCUACCGAAGGAUGCCAAGCUUAUCGGAUCGUCCUGUCUUAUUGUAAACACAUCUAAGAAAAGCGGUUGUGGGAAGCUGAGUGAACAAGUGAAAAAGCUCCUGGGAUUUUCAAGCCGUCGUCCCGAAGAUAAUCAAAUAGAUGUACAAAAUCCCGCCGUGAAGGAUUACAUUGGUGAGAUUCCACUUCCGGACACUGAUAGCAUUCUCCGACGAAGCAAAGAUAUCGUGGUCAACCUGUGUUUAUGGCUUGAAGAUCCGGAAGAUAAUAUAAAGGUCCACGAGAAAGUACCACCGCAAACAGCCUAUGCUCUGGGCGCAAAAUCUUUGAAGAAUCGUAUACUGGAUGAUUACGCACUACCCAUUCGCUAUGGUGAGUCGUUUGAACAACAUGAAGAGCUAACCGACCGACUAAGCGGAAUUCUUGAUGGAUAUCCUGCUGACGGAAUUUUGAAGGAACUUUUGCAAAAUGCUGACGAUGCUAAAGCCUCGGAGAUACACUUUAUACACGACACUCGAUCUCUUGAACGUGAAAGAGUGGUGACAAAGUUAGAAACGUCGGCGGAAAUACAAGGUCCAGCACUUUGUGUGUACAAUGACAGACCAUUUAAGGAGAAAGAUCUCGAUGGGAUUAGAAAUCUUGGUAAAGGAAGCAAGCGAAAUACUCCAGAAAUGACGGGGAAAUAUGGAAUUGGGUUCAAUUGUGUUUACCACCUUACCGACUGUCCCAGCUUUUUAUCCAACGACGACACCCUUGUGUUUCUCGAUCCUCAUUCCCGAUAUUUUGAUCAUGAUCGUGGAAAGAUAUUCCAGUCGAUGGAUGCCAGAUUUCGAGAUAUAUACUCGAGUACACUCGACGGAUAUCUUGCUGACCAUUUCAAAUUAGAAGGUUGCACAAUGUUUCGUUUCCCAUUGAGAAGAAAACGAAAUGAAUCCGAGAUUUCUGCUGAGUCGCCGGACAUGGAAAAACUUUUCCAGACCUUCCAAAAGGAAGCCCAAAAGUCGUUGUUGUUUUUAAAUCAUGUUAAGAAGAUAACAUUUUCGAAAAUUCAUAACAACAAGCUCAAAAAAAUUUAUCGGACUGAGUCCAAUAUUGCUCCAGAAGAUGAAUUAAAGCGAAGAGAGCUAGCACGAAAAAUUGUGGAUCUUCACGACUGUUCAACAGCAGAAAUUGGAUGGAAAGAAAUUAGUUACACAAUGACGAUUAAGGAAAACAAGAAGAAAGUCGGGAAAUGGUUGAUACAGAAGUGUAUUGGAUCAGAUACUCAAGCCUCUGAAAUUUAUGAUCGAGAACACGGGAAAGUCCCAAAUGGUCUGACGCUCGGUCUACUUCCACGCGGUGGCUUGGCAGCCCCUAUAUGGACUCUUUCAUCGUCUUCUGAUAAGGGUGAAUCAUCUUCCGACGAAGUAGAAACAUCUUCUGAAUCAGAACUGUCAUUCAUCGACGUAGACGAAUCAUCUUUCGACAAGGAAGAAUCGUCGUCCAACGAAGAAAGAUCAUCUUCGGACAAGGAAGAUUUAUACUGGGACAAUGAAGAAUCAGCAUCUGACGAAGAGAAGGAAGAAAUGUCCGAAUCGGAGGAAUCAUUCUAUGACAUAUCCGAAUCGUCUUUGAACAAGGAAGAAUCAUCUUCGGACAGAGAAUUGGAAACAUUCUCCGACCAGGAAGAAUUCUCCUCCACGAGGGAAGAAGCAAUGCGUGGCAUAGUGUAUUGCUUCUUGCCUCUCCCAGAGAACUACACUGGCCUACCAAUUCAUAUCAAUGGUCAUUUCGCUUUGGAUAGCACAAGACGUGGUCUUUGGACCGAAACUGAUGGGAAAGGAGGAAAAUGUGAAUGGAAUGACUUCAUGAAAAGCUGUGUGUUAGCUCCUGCUUACGCAGCUUUGAUCUUAGAAGCUCGUAAUCAUCUGUGUGAUGAUAAGAAUGACAGCCAACUAUCACGUUACCAUAAUUUGUUCCCGAGGGUUUCGAGCGAUUCUCCGUGGGAAGUCCUUACUACUGGAUUGUAUCGUUAUCUUGGACACACAAGUGCAAAAGUGUUGCCAUUGCUUGUUCCAACUGAGUCGGGAAAUGAUGCAAGUUGUGUCUUCGGCCAUGAGAUAUCGGUAAACGGUGAUACCGAAGAACCCAAUCCUCAAAGUUUUGCAUGUAAAAGUUGGCUCUCAGUUGACGAAGGAUAUUUCAAGGAGUCUACUGAAUUGAAGAAUGACUUUUUGCAUCUGUUAUUAAGAAUUGGACUGCCCGUGUUGCUGCGCGCUCCAAACCGAAUAUACCGCAGUCUUGCAUCUGCUGGGAUAAGUUCGAAUCGGAUCAGACCUGCAAGCGUAAUUAGUUUCCUAAGAGAAUUUAAAUCACAAAGAUCCACUUGUGUGAUUGGAAAUCUUCCGAAAAAAUUAGAAACCACCCCAGUUAACAGUAUCGCUGAAUUGUCUGAGUUGGUAGAGUAUUGCCGGGAAGAUGACAAUUUUGACCAAAGACUAUCAGGCUUGCCUCUUCUUCUAACACAAGAUGGCUACCUUCGAGUUUUUCGACCAAACCAGCCUGUAUUUCUUUCAGAAUUUGGGGACCUUUUUCCAACUCAGGCGCACUUAUUUGUUCAUGCUGAAAUUGUCUGUCAAUUCCCGCGAAGCACUACCAAAGCAGAAGAGAAUGUUAUCCGAAAUUUUACAGUUGAAAACUUGGCUGGACUACUUCCGGGUGUGUUCACAAACAAUGUCUUAAAAGCUGUUGAAGAUGAUGGAACACAGGCACUCUUAGCUGGAAGAAUACCAUUAAAAAAGUGGCUUAAACGGUUUUGGGACUUCUUGCAAAACUACGCCAGGCCUCAGCCCGGUGAGGAUUCGGUCAGAUUAGAUUGCCUAUCGAAAUGGCCGGUGGUUCCGACGACUUGUGGAAAGCUUGUGACGCUUCAAGACGCAAAAUAUAUUUUGGAUAUGCCCGUUCUAAGGAAUGACGAAUCUGCUGAAAAAGAGAAAGUUCGCACGUUCUUGACUGAGCUGGAAUGUCCAGUACUAAACAAAAAGAUUACCCUUCGGAAAAAAGUUUUCAGGAAUACAGAAAACAUUGGUGCCAUAACUGAUUCUUAUGUUGCUCACCCUCAUAACGCGGAGGAUGUCUUGGUUGUGCUUUGCCACAUGUUGAAGUCAAACGAACUCGACAUUUCAAAAGUUUACGAAGACGAUAUUCGUAGCUUUCUUCGGUUUGUGCAAGAUAACUACAAAAGGUCAGGGAAUUUGGAAAAAUGCAGGGAAAUGGUAAAGGAUUUGCCGUUUCAUAAAGCUUUGGAUGGAAAUUUUGUACGCUUGCUUGGUCACUUCUCCACUUAUGUCCUCGUUCCUCCUGGUGUCCCAACACAACAGCUAGGUGCACUUCAAAAUCGAACUGAAUGUCUUUUCCUGAGCUCAGACGCAUUAUCCACACUCAAGGAACUUUACACAGAUCUUCGCGUUAGAGGCGGUCACAAUGUCACACAAUUUUACGUGGAGUUUGUCUUUCAAUAUUUCAAAAUUUUCACCAGAGAAAGUCAAAUAAAACAUUUAGAAUACAUCAAUGAGGAAGUAUUUCCGUCAUUGCCACAAGGUAAAUCAUCUUACAAGACCAUAUUCUUGAAGACUAUGAAAGAAACUCCUUGUAUUCCUGACGAGAAUGGGCACCUCUAUUUUGCAUCUGACCUCUUCUGCCAACACAACGACGUGUUUAAAGCAAUGUUUGCAGACGAUCUCAAGAAAUUUCCUCCGCCGCCAUUCAAUGAUGCAACUUGGUCACAACUACUUCGCGAGAUCGGAUUGCAAGUUGAGGUUACACCUCAGUUAUUUCUCCAAUUUUGUAGAACGGUGGCCAUGAAUGGACGUUCUUUUAGUAACCGACAAAGCCGCUUUCAAUCCGAAAAACUUGUGAAGUGUCUAUUUUCAAGAAAAGCCUUGCAAAAAGAAAAAUUCCUUUCCAAGGUAUCGCAAAUCAAGUUUAUUACCUCAGCCAAAGUGGCAGAUGAACUAGCCUUAAUUCACGAGCAGUACCAGUGUCCACAAAACAGCUAUCCACCUUUCAUCGCGUUCCGUGAUGCUGUUCCGUGGGAUCGCAGACUCAUAUCAUGGACUACUGUUCCACUUCUUCCAGACUGGGCGCAACCAAUCGAUGUCACAAAGUUUAACAACCUUGGUAUUGCUUAUUCUGGACCAGAAUAUAUCAAAGUACUCGAUCAUCUGCAAAACAUAGUCAACUCACCUUGCCUCGAAUCAGUUGAUGGUGAACGUUUAAAGGAAAUCACGAAACUGAUUUACCAGUUCCUGUCUGGUACCAUGCAAUACUGCGGUCGUAACCCAGAUGACAGAUGCGCUGAAGUUUGUUUAGAUAUUGGUCGUCGCCUGAAAGGUAGUUCAUGCAUAUUUUUGCAGGAAGGUAAAACGUUCGUGAAAGCAGAACAGCUGGUGUUCAGGAUUUCUGAAUCAUACCCUUUGCAGCCAUUUCUUUACCCCGUACCAAUUGAAUUUGGAGAAUUACAGCACUUUCUUAAACGGCUCGGUGCAACUGUGAAACCAACACCGCUGCAGGUUGCACACGUUUUGACAUCCAUUCGCGAACAGAUCGGAGAAGGAACGCUCUCUUCUGACCUGGACAACAAAGUGCGGUUUGCGAUGCGUCUUAUUUUUAAUUUACUAGAAAAAGGCGGAAAUGUUGAUGGCAUCGAUGUCUUGUAUUUGCCAAAUGAAAGUCAACAACUUUUAAAGUCCUCUGAAAUGAUUUACGAAGUUUCGCCACGUUACACGGAUAUCAGAAAUAGCCUUCAAUCUCAGAUUCUGUUGCGAUUCACAGAGUGUGCCCUUAAAAAGCCCCCUGAUUGCUAUAUUAAUGCACUUCCACAGCAUUUGAUUCCCACGAAGUUCUCUGAUAUAAUCCAGGAAAGAAUCGCCCUAGAGAGCAAGCUUUCCAUAUGUCCUGAAGCUCGAGGUGGUGUCAUAUGCAAAUUUCAAGAACAAUUUCAGAAUCUGAUUCGAUCUGAUGAAUUUCAGGAUGGGCUUAAGCGCUUACUAGUCCACGAUCAACAAAAGCCACAGGAAUUUGAGCAAAGAAUAAAAAAACUUCAAACGGAAGUCGAGAUAAAGUGUGCAGGAUUCGAUUGCAUAAAAGUUCAUGUGAUUCUUCGUGAUGCAGAUGAUGUCUUUAUGAAUUUAGAGGAGAGUUGUUAUGCCGUUCAGGAAAAAGGGAAAUGGGCAUUGUACAUGCAACACAAAUUGAAAGGUGACGGAGGACUGACUUUUACUGCCACUUGUGUUAACCAGAUUCUUGGAGAUUGCAUUCAAAAGGAAAAGGGAUUAAUUGCAAUGCUCCACUGCUCAUUGCCAAGCGAAAUAUCAAAAGCUUUGGAUAAACUUGGUAUUACUUGCAGUACAUCCAAAAGCGCUGAUGACAUCCCAGACUCGGACGAUGAAAUGUUAUUGGACUCUGGGAGUGAUGAUGAUGGUCAUGGGAGCAAAAGUCAUGUAGAAGCGAAUGGUGAACGUCUGAGGACUGGCAGGGGUAAAAAGCGUAGUGCUAAGUCUCAUGGGGGAUAUAGUAUUGGUCCCAGUUCACGUGGUGGUCGUCGAGGUCGUACGGGUGAAGAUUCCAGGACCGAAGACCACACUGAAGAUGAGAAAUUUUUUGAAAAAGAACCUGGUGAGGCUAAGCGAUGGCUGCGUCAAUCAGAGAGUGACUUGGGCGGUGCGAGGUGGCUCCUCCGAUGUGGUACUCCUUAUAAUGCCAUUGCUUGUUUCCAGAGCCAUCAAGUGGUGGAGAAAUGCUUGAAAGCCUUGCUAUUUCACCACUGUGGCAUCUCUGGAAAAUUGCUACGCUCUCACGAUGUGGAGGAUUUAGCAAUCAAAUUCACCGAAGAAACAGGUCUAAUGGAUGAGACUGCCAUGGAAUCGGUGGAACGAUUUUCCAACUAUUACUUGAAUACUCGUUAUCCUAAUCGUCACCCGUUUGACGUCGCCCCGUGUGAGGCUUUCAGCGACGAUGAAGCAGAGACGGCCGUGGAAGAAGCAUCCAAACUGUUUGACUUUGCUGACAAUGAAUUGAAUAACAACGAGAAUGGUUAGCGCAGAUUGUAAUUUUGUGCAUAUCUAAUUUUUUAGCGAGGUGAAGAUAAGGCGUUUAGCGAGGCGUUUUGCUUGUCUGUGUGUCCAAUUCUAUGCAGGUUGUUUUAAGUACCAAUUUUAGUAUUAAUCAAUACUACAAUAUAAUAAUAGUACAGGGGCAGGGAACCGAUAUAAUCUUUAAGUGGGAUUGGCACCGGUUGCCGUUAAAAUGCUUGCUACAAAUUGGUACAAGACAAAUUUAUUGAAACAAGAAACUUGUUGUCCUCCCUCCCCCCUGUGCCAAUUCUGUUGUGGUAACGUGUGUUACUAGUAAUUCAG